GCCGGGAGGGCCGGGAGGGCUGCUUCCCGGUGAUCUCGAAGCCAUGUUCUUCCUGUGUGUGCAGUACAGCUCAAGUGCCGGGUCCCCGAGGCUGACUUGCGGCGCCGACCAUGGCUGAGCCCGACGACCGCUCUCUGCGGAUCGUUCUGGUUGGGAGAACUGGAAGUGGGAAGAGCGCCACCGCCAACACCAUUCUUGGGGAGGAAAGAUUUGAUUCUAGAAUAGCUGCCCACGCCGUCACUGAGACCUGCCAGCGGGCGUCCAGGAAAUGGAAGGGGAGGGACCUCGUGGUGAUUGACACCCCGGGGCUCUUUGACAGCAAGAAGAGUCUGCGGACCAACGACGUGGAAUUGAGCCGGGCUGUCCUGUACUCGUGCCCGGGGCCUCACGCCAUCGUCCUGGUGCUGAGGCUGGGCCGAUUCACAGAGGAAGAGUGGGAGGCCGUUGCUCUGGUCAAGGCUGUCUUUGGGGAGGCUGUCCUGAAGCACAUGAUCGUUCUGUUCACCUGCAAAGAAGAGCUGGAGGGCUCGAGCCUACGCGACUUCAUCGCAGCGGUGGAUGUGGACCUACGGCGUGCCCUUCAGGAGCGUGGGGGCCGCUCCUGCGCCUUCAGCAACAGAGCAGACGAGGCCGAGAAGGAGCAGCAGGUGCAGGAGCUGGGGGGGCUGAUCGAUGAAGCGGUGCAGAGCAGCGGAAGGCCUUACUUUUCUGACGCCGUCUACACAGACGCGGAGAAAAGGCUGCAAGAAACGGCCGAGUUCUUGAGGCAAUAUUACGGGGAUCAAUUAGAGGAGGAUCUCAGCACAGAGAAGGAGACCUACGCUCAGAUGUGCGAGGAGAGUAUGCAGGAAAAGGAAGCCAAAGUGCAAUCAGCUAGGAAAAAAUAUAAGGAGAAUAAGAAUAUCAGGGAAGAAGCAGAGAAGAAUAUAUUUAGCCAGAUUGUUGAGAGAAUUAAGGGAAUACUUUUAAGUCUAUACCAUUAUCUCUGGCCCUAAUGUGUCCAUCUUUUUUCCAUUCUCUCCGCACUUACCAUGAGCAUUCUCCAACACCAUCCCCGUCUUCCCCUUGCAGCCCUUCUGCAAGCAACAUGAGCAGGAACAGAAUUAAGAAAUGGCCCAAUUGUCAUGUCCCGGCGUCAGAACUCACUGUUAGGUCUCCCAGUCUGGACAGAGUGCUCUGCACUCAACUCCCGGAGAAGACAGCAGAGGCGACACGCUGCCCUGUGAAGCUAGCUCCGAGCCCAGCCGUCCAGCUCUGAAUUCCGUUAUUCCCAAGAACCCCAAGAGGGAUCUGAUAAGGGCUGCCUCUUCCUAAAACGCCCAAUCUACGACGAGGCACACACGGUGGACACGUAAAGAAGGCCUAAUCCUGACAUCUGCGUGCUGAUUUCUGAGGGCCACUAGCUCCCAAAGCAAUGCGUACAGUUGCGUUUUGAUUGUGAAUUGAGUGAGAGUAUCACAGCAAGUGUCCCCAUCAGUGGGGACUAUGAGUGACAGCAAUAGUUUGACCAGAAGCUUGUCAAAAUAAAGUAAUUGUGUGGUGAA